AUGACAUAUCAACUCCCACAAAACGGGGAGUUAGAAGUGUUGCAACGCCACCAAAGUCUUUCAAAAUCACUGGCUAUGUCCGAUCUGAUUCGCCGAGAACUAGGUUCUGAAAACCCCAUGCCGAAUUACUGUUUUAAAACUGCCGGCCUGGGCGAUCAAUUAACAUGCGCAAUCUUGAAAGUUGAGCAACAUAUUCUUUGGGGCAAAGAGAAGGAAUGGGAACUCCGAAAUCAAGAAGAAUACGGAAACGAGACGUCUCGAUCUGACUCUUUUUCAUCCCCAACAACUUCGGGGCCGCCUCAUGACCCACUGCUUGCUACUAAGCGAUCGGCUCUCAGUACUUGGAUCAAGCAAAUGCAACAGUUCAGCACGGCUAUGCAGGGGGUUUAUCUGGAGACCAUCAAAGUGGAGGAAUCGUUGGUGAGCCUGGAAAGGGCUAAUCCAAGAGCCUCUAAGCUUUGGGAUAGAAUAUGUAUUACACGAUACUCGUAG